CCUUGCUGCAGUACAUAAAGAAAGACUGAGAGGAAAUGCUGCUCAUACAUUCUAUUCAAUUAACAAGAGUUGAUAUGUCACUAAAGCUGCAGUUUUGCUUUCUCGUCUUGUUUGUACAUGAGUCCACGAGUGUGUGGCAGAGGAAGACUGUGACGGUGGGAGAAACACUGACCUUGACAUGUGCAAUAAAUGCUGGAGAUACAAGCAACGUGGAGUGGAAAAAUCCCAGUGGAUUUGUGAUGUUCUUCAAUCACAAUAAAGCCUUAAAAGACAGUCGAUACAGCAUCGUCAACUUUUCCAAAAAAGAAUUUAAAGUAGCCGUGUCUGAUGUCAACUUCAGAGAUGGAGGUGUUUACACAUGUUUACAUUAUCAUCAUAAGCACAAGAACGUUGCAACUAAGAGGGUGAAAGUAAUAGUUUUAGGGACUCCAAAACUAGAAGUAACAAAAAAUAGAAAAGAAACUACCAUUAAAUGUUCUGCAGAGGGAAACGCCCAUCCACCCAAACUAUCAUGGCAGUUUGGAAAUGGAUUAGAAAUCCUAGCUCAGUCUAAUUCUGUGUUCGACCACAAAACACGUAAACACUCCUCAGAAGCCAGUCUUCAUAUUAAGUCUGGGACGAAGAGCGUCACAGUGAAAUGCCUUGUCCGUCACCCAGCGUUGCGUGGCCCAAAUCUGAUAGACUCAGUUGAGAUCAAGUUGGACACCAAUGAAGUCCCACACACCAUGAGACCUAGUACAGAAAGGGUGACAAACACACCAGUAGAGAAAUUAACUGAGAAAACAACUUUCUACUGGCCCGUAACAGAAGGAUCAACAGAGACACCAUCAGACAAAUCAACAUAUUCAACAAAAAUACCAAAAGUUACUGAAUGGCCUACACCAGAGGGACCUCCCACAGCAUUUACAGGAUCAUAUAUUUCCACACAUAGCCAUCCAGAUACCACACAGCCUGAAUCAACAGUGUUUACAUCUCAAAAUGAUACCAGCAGCUACUCUACAACUAUGAAAGGUUUCCUUCCAGCGUCAGAGACAAUGCAAAACACAUUUCCUAAUAAGACAGGAGGGAACACCUCCAUUGAAAGAGGCUUUGAUGGCGUGAAUCGGCAGACAGGAAAAGAAGGGAGUACGCCAUUGCUUGUCUUGCUUGUGACAUGUCUAAUCUUCGGUUUGUUGGUGGUCGUUACUUUCUUUGGUAUCAGACUUAGAAGAGCACACAUUAUCUGGAAGAAAGAAAAUGAAGACUCAAAUCAAUCAGUAAAUAGCACCAAAUCAAAAUCAAGCCAUGAAGAAAAGCAUACCCAAAACCGAAGACACAGAGGACUUUUUAACAUUGGAUUCACAAAAUAUUCAGUCGAACCCACUGAUGUGGCUGCAGCCUCACCUGUAACAACAACAGCAACAAGAGACAAAACAGAAGAGACUCCUGAAUCCUAUGCCAAGGAGACAGAAUUGUAGCAAAAUAUUUAUCCAUAUACUAUAUUUAAACACUGUCAGUGAGACUGGAUGAGAUGUGGUAUAGCCUAGGCCAAUGUAUGGAGCAAUUCUAAAUCAUUCCUCAAGUUUAAUUUGAUAUGAAUGUUUUUAUGUUAUCUUAUUUUUGUACUGUUUUGUAAAAAGCGUGUUCGAUAAGUUAAUUCUUGUUCACCGUUUUCUUGCAAAUGUUUUAGACAAAUGCACUUUAUUUUGAUAUAUUAAAUUAAACUGUCUGCAUGUUUCUGUUGGCACGAGAGAUAACGUAAAGCAGAUAGCUUAUUUCAGUCUAUGUGUGACUGUGUGUGUAUCCACAGAUUCUUCCACGAUUAUCUCAAGAACCGGGCACUCUGCAACGUUCAUAUUUUGCAGGUGUCCUAUUUAUAAUCCAACAGGGUGCAGUGCCACGAUUGUCGUUGUUUGGAUGAAGCAGUUCAACAUUUCCUAAAAGGAAUUUGCUGCCAGUUUAGCUUCCUCUCUUCGCUCUCGACUCAGCCAUCUUGAGUUAACUACACUGCACUAAGCUAGCCCUUGCGAGCCGAAAUGAUAAGGAUAUACGAGCCGAAAACAGGCAUAAGACAUGAACAAUAUUAUUUAUGCAGUGGCGGAAUGUAAGGACCUGCAAGGCCUUCUCUGCUGGCCUAAACAUACCCAAAAAUAUGUAAAUACAAUUAUAAUAUUUUUUGGUAUAUGAAUGGUGUUAUAUAUUUUUUCUUCAUAAUUUCCCCCCAUCUCAAUGUCAUUGAAUAAAUACACUGACAUAAAUAACAAAAAAUAUU